GAUUUUAUAUUGUUCAACAAUAUACAUGUCUAUUCUGUAUUUCUGUAGUACUGUAAUAGUGAGUGCUGAGUAGUCUAUGGUUGAAUGUUUUAUCAUUAGUCACGACCUCGCAUUAACCAUAGUUGUUCCAUAGAAUUUUAUGGUUGUUCUUUGCUGUCAUUAAUUUAUUUUAGGCUUUAAAUUAGUUCAGAAUGCACGAGUCCAGAGAUAUUAUGCCAAAAACUAAUUUCUGACAAAAAUGGACAAAAUGGACAAAACAAAAAGUUCUCAAACUAAAAGGAACAUGGUAGAAUCAACAGAUAAUAAAAAGAAAGAUGUAAAGAAGGACCAAGUUAAAGAUAAGAAACAAGGCAAAAAAAAUAAACCGAGUGACAAUGAAGGUAACACAAAUCAAGGCGCUAAUCAAUCUUUUUGUGAAGAUCAAAAGGGUUCUAAAAACAUUAUUUGUAAAAAAGAUUCGGAACACGAAAGAUUGGACGAUGAUGACGAAGAAGGAUGGUGUGUACAAAGAAAUAAAAAAAAAACUAGUCACCAAAGUUUGAGUGAAGAACAAGAAUAUCAUAAAAAUGUUCAAGAGAAGAGCAAAUUGUCUGACUCAAAUUCCAAACAGAAAAAAACACAUGAUAAUAACAACAUUGAUUCACAUGAGGUUGAGGAUACACAUAAAUCAGAAACUAAAAGGAGAAAAAGAAGGAGGGAUAAAAAAAAAAAUAGUCAAGAGCAUAACGAUAUUCCUGACAUAGAUUCAUCCAUAAAUGAUACAUUUAAUGAGACAAAAGUACAUGAUGGAAACAACAUUGUGCAUGAAGAAAAUACACUACAUUUAUCAAAUGAUGAUUUAGCAGGACGGAGGGAUAAAAAAAAAAAAAAAAAUAGUCAAGAGCCCAACGAUACUUCUGACUUAAAUUCAUCCAUAGAUGAUAAAUUUAAUGAGACAAAAGUACAUGAUGGAAACAACUUUAAUUUGCAUGAAGAAGAAACACAACAUUUAUCAGUAAAUAAUGAUUCUAAAGGACUGAGGAAUAAAAACAAAAAUGAAAAUAGCCAAAAACAAAACAAUAUUUCUGACAUAGAUUCAUCCAUUUAUGACAAAUUAAAUCAGAAAAAAGUUCACGGUGGAAACAAAAUUAAUUUGCAUGAAGCUACACCAUAUUUAUCAGUAAAUGAAGAUUCAAAAGUACGGAGGAAUAAAAAGAAAAACAAAAAAACAAGCCGUCGAAGUUUGAGUGAAGAACUAAAAAGUCAUAAAAAUGUUCAAAAGCCUAACAAAUGGCCUGAGAAAGAUUCCAUUGAUGACAAUAUGGAACAAGCACAUGAUAGGAAAAAAAUUGAUAUGAAUAAGGAUACACGCAAAUCAGAGGGAGCAGAGAGACCGAGGGAUAAAUACAAAAAUAACAAUAGUCAAAAGCAAAGCAGAUUUUCUGAUGCAUGUGUUUUAGAGGAAAUAGAUGAAGACAUUUUCAAAUUAUCAAAGGAAUAUUCUCUUGCUCAUUGUGUUGCUGAAGACUUACGAAUGGGUGCGGGCAUAGCUGUUGAUUUCAAAAAUAUCUUUGGUGGUGUUGGUAAACUAGUUGAUCAGAAAUUAAAAAUAGGAGAUGUUGGUAUAGUUAAGCGCCACGAUCAAUAUGCAUUUUAUUUGGUAACAAAAAAAACUAGUAAUGGUAAACCUACGAUGAUAACAAUGGAAAAAGCGCUCAUUUCACUUUUAAAUAAAAUGAAAGAAUACAAUUUAACAAAAUUAGGAAUACCAACAAUUGGUUGUGGAUUGGAUAAACUUGAUUGGUCUGAUACAAAAUCGCUCAUAAUUAAAAUAUUUUCUGGAUCUGGUAUUCACAUAACAGUAUGUGUACCUUCAAAAUUAUUAGAUUCGAAAAAAUCGCCGAGAUUAACAGUUUACAUUACACCAAAAAAUUUAUGGGAGAUGGAAACCGAAACCAUUAUUAUUUUAUUUAUUGACUUAGAAAAAACAUGCAACAAUAAUUGGACAGAUCAUAUAGUAGAUAAAGUUGACGCUAAAUACCCAUUCAAAGAAAAUUUAUUAAGAGAUAUCAGAAAUAAAAAGCCUGACCCUGGUGACAUAAAAAUCUACAAUGUUAAGAACGAAGUUAUAACUUGUAUAUUUACCACUGAAAAUACAUAUUACGGCUCUCUAGAAAAUGGAUUUAAAACCAUAGAUCACACACUCAAAGGAUAUAAGUAUUUGGCUAUUCAAAGUGAUUCUAUUGAUUACCCUAGUGACAACUUUCAACGUAUAUCAUGGAUAGUAUUAAUAUCUCGUUCGAUUAUUCACUCUUCUGAAUUAUGGUUAUGUGGUGAUGUCAAACAAAAUAAUUACAAGGUGUAUUAUGAUGAAUAUUGUAAAAAUAUACUCUCAAUGAAUAAUUCAUUUCAAUAUAAUUCUCCAAGUCAAAAUUACAACAGAUAUAAUGAUGUUCGUCGUAGUAAUUUUUAUACAAAAGAAAAGUAAUCAACAUUGAGGGUGUCAAAAUAGUUUCUAUAAAAACAGAUACAUGAAUCCAUACGGUCACCUGAAUAAUAAAACUACUAUUACAUAUUGAACAUGUGAUACUUAUAUAAUCUGUUUAAAUAAAUAUGUCAUUAUUUCCAAUUAAUCAACAUAAUCUUUUACUUGAAGUACCUAGUUAUUUAUAUUUAAUGUUUCAAAUGUUUUAUAAUCCUACUGUAAAAAAUUGAUUUUGUAAUGUAU